CCAGAGGUUAUCAUUUUGGAAUUGGUCUACAGUACCCUGCCUGACAAAGCUGCACUAGGCUUGGGAGAAGAAACAGCAUCAGCAUUAUGGGGAUCGCUAAAUUGGUCUUCUUGUUGCUAUUGGGCGUUUCUGCCAUGGAGGUUUUUGGAAAACCGAUGCAAAGUGGUAAAACCAGUGCAGUAGUGCAAAAAGGAGGGGCAACCCAAAGAGUUUUGUGUGGAAAUCAGAAAGCUGCAGCCCAGGACAAGAAGAGGAAGCGACGGUUCAUUACACGAGGGAUAAGAUGGGAAAAAAAGACAAUUACCUGGAGUUUAAAAAAUUUCACGCCGCAUCUGAAUCCUUUAAUAACAUUGAUAUUGACACGAAGAGCUUUCAAUGAAUGGGAGAAAUACUCUGCCUUGACUUUCAAAGAGGUCAGUACAGGAAACGCAGACAUUGAGAUUUCAUUUGAGCCAAAAAAGCAUUUUCUGUAUGGCAGUCUCUACUGUGACAUGGAGUUUGAUGGUCCAGGAGGAACUGUUGGUCAUGCAUUCUACCCAAUAAAACAUGCAGUUUACGGAGGUAACAUUCAUCUUGAUGUCGACGAGAAAUUUUCUGCUGAUGGCCGAUCAGGUUUCAACUUCGGAUCUACGAUUAUGCAUGAAAUUGGCCACAGUCUAGGGCUUUUGCAUUCAAACCACUAUUAUUCCAUAAUGCAUCCUGAAUAUGCAAUGAAAGCAGAAGGCGACUAUAUACCAUUGACGGUAGAUGACAUCGAAGGAAUUCAGAGUAUUUAUGGCCCACCUGAUUUGAAAGAAAAAAGCAAACAGGAAGAUGAAAUCAUGAAUACGGUUGAAGAGGAGUCACAGCCAAGCCAAGAGAAGACACAAAGUAUGUCAAAAUCAGUCGCACAAACUACCUCUACAACCGUCCCGUCACAGGAUAAACCGAAUAAUGCCGUUACCGAAAAUGAAAGUAAAAGUUCAACAGAUCCCAUCAGCAGAAAGCCGGUUGAAUUUAAAAAGAUAAUUGACGGAAAGAAAAACAAAGAGAAGACUGUGACAAACACUGGAAUCUCAGUGGUUGAUAGCCGGCCUGCGAAAGCACAGAAACAUGAAGCCUGGCAAAGUCAUUCCCAUAACGACAGUGAACAUACCGAUUUGGAGUCUUCUAGUUUAGAUAGAAGUGCAAAAUGCCCACGCACCGUUGAUGCCAUGUUUGUUUCAAAAUUCGACAAACAAACAUACAUAUUCAGUGGAAAAUACAUGUACUCCAUUGGAAACUGGCUUGGGUAUGAAGGAAAAAAUGUCUACACAAGGAACAGAUUCAUCUUCGAAACCAUUGAUGCUGUGUAUAGAACCAUCAAAGAAGGAAAACUCAUUUUAUUCUCUAACAGAUUAUAUGCUGUAUACAAAGAUGAUCUAGUUCUUGAGCGAUAUGGCGCCAUUUACGAACUUGGAUUUCCAUACUCGAUAAAUAAAGUUGAUGCAGCCCUCACAUUCGGUUAUUACAGAAACACGUACUUUUUUACUGGAGAUACCUAUUGGAGAUACAACGAGGGCACCAAGAAGAUGGAUCCUGGUUACCCCAAGAAGAUCAGAUCCGCAUGGAAAGGCGUUCCAUCUUAUGUUGAUGCUGCCAUCACGUGGAAGAAUGGAAUGACGUAUUUUUUCAAAGACAAGCAAUAUUAUCGCGUCGACUAUUAUUCAGUGGCUGUCGAGCCUGGUUACCCAAAAUCGAUAGAAAAGAUUUGGACAGAAUGCCCAUCAUUUGAACGAAAAAGACUCUUGAGAGCUGGCCCUGGGCACUGACAGGCACAUGAGGAAAAUCCAUGAUUUUCACUAAACACCCUGUACUACGACACAAAAUGAAAUGUACCUUGUAUGCAAAUUAUAUAGUUAGAUUGCAAACUAUAGUCGCUAGGAAAUCUGUAAGAAUAUUUUACAAUUUCAUUUUUUUACGUUUCUAUAUUACAGCUAAUUGAAACAAUCAAUCUUGAUCAAGACGAAUCAUUUUAGAUGAGAAAAUAGA